AUUAAAACUCAGACAAUUCCAAUUUUUGAAAAAACUCAUCCUGAAAUAAUUGUAGUAUUUGCAUUUGAUAAUUCCUCAAAUCAUGCAAAAUUGGCUGAUAAUACUCUUAAUGUAAUAAAUAUGAAUUUUAAUCCUGAUGAAAAACUUUGUGAAAACCUAAAGGAAUUAAAAUAA